AUGCCGCAACCACCCCGUUCAAAUGACCCCGACCCAGAUGCAGAAAAAGAAGAGGUCUUCCUUGACCCUGCAGAUGCCGCCGAAGAGAUCCUGGCAGACGAUGACCAACCCAUGGAAGACGGCCCCGACGAUGUAGACUCUGAAUUCACCUUCCAAAAUGAUUCUCUCGCCCAUUUUGAUAAACAUACAGACUCGAUAUUCUGCAUUGCGCAACAUCCCAUACACCCAUCUAUUAUUAUCACCGGCUCUGGCGACGAUACUGCGUACCUGUUCGACUCAACGCCACAGGACGAUAGACCUUUACUGCCCAGCAGCUAUGAAACUACACCGGAACUGAGAAAGGAGAGAGAGUCGCUUACGCCAAUUAUGCAGUUAGACGGGCACACAGAUUCGGUCAACGCUGUUUGUUUUACAGAACCCAAGGGUGAAAGCGUGCUGACGGCGGGGCUGGAUGGAAAAUUAAGAGCAUGGAAAGACCCACGUACAGCUGGCGCCCCGUGGACAUAUAUGGGUGAAGUACAAGAAGUGCAAGAGAUAAACUGGCUAGCAGCGUGUCCUGCGACAGAGGGUAGUUCAGAAGAAAAGCUGAAUGUUGUCGCCCUCGGCGCAAACGAUGGGAGCGUAUGGGUAUACCAGGUGAAUACUUCAAGCGAUGACGAGCCGUUGAAUCUAAUAGCGUCUUAUUUCAAUCAUACGGCGUCCUGCACUGCCGGUGCAUGGACUCCAGACGGUAAUCUACUGGCCACAGUAUCGGAAGACGCAAGUUUUUAUGUAUAUGACGUUUUCCAUGCGGCAUCGGCUGCUGGUAUUGCCUCCGCUGCUGGCGCGCAGACUGUGGUCGCCCUGACAGCUCAGGACCAGCGAUUCGCCGUUGAUGGUGGUUUAUAUUCCGUUGCUGUGGCUCCCUCUGGGACAUUCGCUGUUGUCGGUGGAGCUGAAGGCCAUAUAAAAGUCGUCGGAUUACCGCGCAUUCCAGACCCCAAACAAGCAUCCAAAAAGGGUGCUCAAGCUGGCUCGACUGGUGGUGGUGCAGGAACACUACUAGCAUCGCUCCAAGCACAGCCAGACGGUAUCGAAACUCUUUCAUUCUCUUCCCCUCCUCUUAAUCUGCUCGCCGCUGGCUCCGUGGACGGCUCAAUAGUCCUGUUCGACACAGCGCACCGAUUCGCUGUGAGGCGUCAUAUUCGUGGCGCACAUGGAGAGUCAGCAGUGGUUAAAGUUGACUUUGUUCGAGAUCCCAAGACUUCUGCCAACAUAACGCCUGUUACCUCCGGCAGGCCAUGGCUGUUAACUUCAGUUGGAAUGGAUGGCGUGGUACGACGAUGGGAUACACGUGGCGGAACUGCUGCAGCCGCGUUUGGCCUAUUGAAGGAAUGGAAAGGACACUUAGGACUUACUGAGAACGAGGAGGGAGAGCAAGCUGGCGGAAUCCUGGGGUUUGUGCAAGGGGACCAAGCAGGUAAGAGGAUAGUAACUGCCGGCGAUGACGGCGUAGCAUUGGUUUUUGAAGAGUAG